GAUCAACAGUUGCCAACUCCCGCCAUAGUUAUUGGUGACUGAGUAAGUUGUUUCGAAACUCGUGCUUGAUGAAGUAACCAAACAGCUCCGGUUCCCGGUUUACGCUCUCUGUCACUCCUGUUGCGCCGGGAUGCAGUGCUCGCAGAAGGCUGGGCGAUGUCGACAGAUGGCGCACUCAUCCUCAAAGUCGAGAUUGAUGAUACUAUCGACGUCGUCGUGGGCCUUGCACAAACAGCAGUAGACGACAUUGCAUUGUUCGAUGCGAACAGGAGGCAUAUAGUAGUCGGCCCUGCGAGGUUUCAGUAACGGCGUUUGAGAUUGCACCAUGAUAUCUCACAUUUUGACAAGGAAAUCCAGAGUUGAAAAUUGAAUGGUUUCUGUGGAGAAGCUGGGGCGAGAGAGAGUCCUUUUAUAAACUACCACAAUCACCUUGAUCAGGCACCUUCAUCUGUCACUCCUUCCGUGGUAGACGCAAUAUCGACACCUCCGGUGGGGGUCAAAUCUGUUACAUUUCCUCUCCCGGGCGGGAGGUCAGCAGUGACGAUAACAUCACUCUAUGGGCGGUGUGGCCCGCUGGACCACAGAGGCUUAGACACUGGUGCCCCUCUGGUACGAUACGGCGCUGCCAUUUGCCUCAAAAAACCGAGCCCUAAGUGCUAGAAGGUUUGGUUUGAACGUGCAAAGUCAGGGGCUUGGACAACACAAAGCUGGUUUCGACCUGCUUCACGGUUACGACCAAGCUGGAUAGCGUCUUCGACAGACCGGAUCCCCUGGGGCACCCGGGCAACGGCCCACAUGUUGAGGAUCAACAACCAGAAGCAUGCUUGCCACCCAUCCGAUAUUUACCGUUACCGAACUUUGGGAGUGUCAGCACAGACUGUUGCCAGGAUCUUCGAUAUUGCUGAGGGCAAAGUCAGAAGCUCGUUGGUUCUGCUUCAACAUCAUGCAGGGACUCGAUACCGUGGACUGAUUGCUUCUGUGUUCCACAAAAGCAGGUACAAAUUACCGAACACUUGCCGGGUUUCCAGGGUCUCGGAAUCAUAAAAGAGGCGAGCGGCACUGCUGGUGCAAAGUCUUCAAGAAUGACAUACGCCGCCUGGCAGCCUCGCCUACUGUUGCUUCUAGAACUGCGGCCCCCUUUGCCAACCAGGCCACGACGAAAGAGAAGGGCACGUUGCUUCUAGAUAACAACACAAGAGAGCGUAGUCCACCGGGGCGAAGUCACCAGGCAUGUGAUAGUUGAUGUCAACGCUCCGCCCCUUCAUGGAUAGACGAGGGCAGACGUCCAGGCUCAAGCUUCCACCAUCACCACUAGUCAACAAGAUAUAUGCACAUCCUUCCACGAUCAUGACGGAGCGGUCACGGGAGGAGCGACUAGAAUGCCCUGCACCUUCUGUGCCCGCAGCUACCUUCCUCUCCCAUUCUCGGAUAUCGCCGGACUGGGCAAGGGGCGGGCAAGAGAUGGCGGAAGGAGGGAUAUCUCUAUGGACAACCGGAUCCAGCAUCCGAAUCAGAUCGCCGAUCGCGGAGAGGGCCACUGACUGUUCAACUGAGAAGAAGGAGGACGACGCGCAGCCUUGCGAGGUAUGGAUGCCGGCUUGAAACACAUCUCAGGCCACCCGCUCCGACCUUCCUCCGGCCAUCGCCGGGCAUUUCUCGAAUGAUGUCAGGCCCAACGUCCACUCACGGAAAGAGCGGUGGACAGUGGACGAGCAGAAGAGCCUCAUCCAGAGGGUUGGUAGGAACAUGUAACCUGCCAAAUCGAGGUAGAGGCAGGACACGGCGGCUAAACCGCACUGUGAGUGGUGGCCGAAGAAAACAGGCCCGACCUAACCUUGUUGCUUGGGGUUCGGAUAGGGGCUGGUUGGAUGUCUCUCGCAGUGAUAGGCAGCAUCAGUCUACGUAUGCAACAUAAGCAAGGCCAGAAGCAAGAGAGAGUGGGUGUGUGGCCCAAGGGAGAGAAGGCUGCCCAAGUCCAGGAAUCAAAGGUGAGAGUGGACGACGAUGGUUGUGAUGCCAUCGACGGUCUCUAUCACCUUCCCGUCGUGGGUUGUUUGUUGCUAAUCGCUCGCUUCGCCUCAAGAUGGAAACGUUUACGGCAGUCUUUCAACGGCGUGGCUGCGGCUUGUAGUACUUGGGUCCUGUGGUGGAAGGCGAACUUGUAGGGUACCUGAGGAUAAGGCUCGACGGUGCUGACGGCGCGUGUGGAACAGCAAAAGGUUAAAAGUGGUGCCUGUAGCAAGAUGGGCCAAUGCCAACCAUAGGGCUAGAAAGCGCGGAAGAUCGGGGACGGAGUGGGAUUGGAAAAGAAAGGGGCUUCGUUGACUACAAGUUGAGUGUCGUCCCAGCCCUUGUCUUCUCCUCUUGCUGCGUCUUCUCAGAUAUCAGAACACCAUCGACAGCCAUCUUGCAAGUCACUGAACCCGGCCCGCUCCUCCCCUUCUGUUGACACGGAGCGGUUGUGGCUCCCCGGCACCCAACCCACACCACCCUCCACACCAACUGUGAAGCCAACUGACCUCCCUUUCGCCCAACAUUUCGAUCCAGGAGUAAAGAGUGAGCGGAACACAAAUACGCAUCCUCCGAUAGGCAAGUUCGUCUCUAUAGUUCUCACCAUUCCCUCGUCAUGUUUGCUUCUGCUCUCGCCUCCAAGGUCAUGGAAUUCUUCCAACCCACCUUGGUAGUCGCCGGCUAGCCAUGGCAUGCGGGCUUCCCGAAUUGAUCACACACCAUGGCACGCUUCGGGAUAAAUACAUGACUAUAUGUAGGGGGGGGGAGGAUUGAUGAUCAAUCUGGAUGUGAGAGAGGGGAAGGGUGAUGAAAUAUUGAAAACCGCGUGGGGGUUGAAGAGUGAGUGUUGAGGAGGGGACGGCAGUAAAUGAGGAGAGACUCAGAUGUAGUACAAUCUCUGAAACAGGAUGAUCGAACCUCGCGCUGUUUGUCCAAGCAGGCUCGUGAUGUUUUGAAAGCCACACAAAGACCGUCGUCGUCAAGCAGAUAUCCAAAUCCCAUCUCGCUGGAUCCUCCGAUUACUCACUUGUCUUCCCAGCAAAUGCGGGGUCUCCACAAAAGCUAGGGUGGUCCAAGCGUCCCCGUCCCAGAGAUCGGCGCGUCAAAAGGGCCCCACUCUUUUCCCCAGAGCAAGCACCUCCCAUCUGCUUGGCGGCCUAUUGUCCGUCCACAGUCCACUUUCAUCAUCCCAGUGGAAACACACUGACGCGUGUGUGGGUGUGUCUCUCUCUCUCUCUCUCUCUCUCUCUCUCUCGCUCUCUCUCGCUCUCUCUCGCUCUCUCUCGCUCUCUCUCUUCCUUCAAUUACUUCCAGUCAAUCGAUGUCUGUCGACUUGGACAGCAGAAGAUGAGCCCCCGACGACCUGCAACAUCGCCAAUCUCGAGUUCUAGGUCGUUGCGAACUGGGACCUGAUCAUGUCUUCGUCACCCUUCCGCAACCGGCACCGGGACUCCUCCCCCGCCGGUGCGCCAGGCAGGAAAAGGUCACAGUUCACCUACCGGCACUUCAACCAGAUGGCUUCCUACAAUACUUCCUGCCCGUUGAGGGUGGUUGCCCAUUUGGAUCUCGACUGCUUCUACGCACAGGUGGAGAUGGUACGGCUCGGCAUCCCCGAGGACAAGCCUUUGGCCGUUCAACAGUGGCAAGGUUUAAUAGCAGUCAACUACCCCGCCCGCGCCUUUAAGAUCGGCCGGCAUUGUACGGUGACUGAAGCGAGGAGGUUGUGUCCGGAGCUUAUAGCGCAGCAUGUUGCUACUUGGCGGGAGGGGGAUGACAAGUGGGCUUAUCGGGAGGACGCGGCCGAGCAUAUUGCUACGGAUAAGGUGUCGCUGGAUCCGUAUCGGUUGGAGAGCAGGAGGAUCAUGAGGGUCAUCAAGGAGCAUUUGCCCGGGGGAGGGUUGCAAAGGGUUGAGAAGGCGAGUAUUGAUGAGGUGUUUUUGGAUUUGACGGCGCAUGUCCAUCAGGUUAUGCUUGAAAGGUAUGGGGAGGAGCUGGGAGGUCCGCCGCCGUAUGGGGAUGUGAGUGAGGAGUUGCCGAUGCCCGCGGUUACGGCGCUGGAUUGGAAGGCGGAUGCUCUGGUCGACCUGGGGGAGGGGGACAGACAGGAGGGGGAAUUCGAUGAUCCGGACUGGGACGACGUGGCACUGCUUGUGGCAAGCGAGAUUGUGAGGAAUGUGAGGGGGGUGAUUAAGGAGAAGUUGGGGUAUUCUUGCUCCGCGGGCGUGUCGAGGAACAAGCUCCUAAGCAAGUUGGGGUCGGCGCACAAGAAACCGGAUCAGCAGACGGUGAUUCGAAACAGGGCGGUUGGGCACUUCUUGAGUGGGUUCAAGUUUACAAAGAUCAGGAACUUGGGCGGGAAGUUGGGGGAGCAGGUUGCUGACGCGUUCAAGACGGAGGCUGUGUCGGAUUUGUUGACGGUUCCGAUUGAGCAGCUGAAGCAGAAGCUGGGAGAUGAGAACGGGGUGUGGAUUUACGAGACGCUGAGGGGGAUCGAUACGAGUGAGGUCAACUCGGGCACUCAGAUCAAGUCAAUGCUGUCGGCCAAGUCAUUCCGUCCCGACAUUACGACUGUGGAUCAGGCUACGAAGUGGUUGCGUAUCUUCGCGGCGGAUAUUUUUGCUCGACUGGUUGAGGAAGGGGUGCUGGAGCACAAGAGGAGGCCAAAGACUAUCAAUUUACACCACCGUCACGGGAACCAGACCCGGUCUCGAUCGGGACCCAUACCGGCGCGGCUUCUGAAUGAGGAAAGCCUGUUCGAGUUGGCCAAGAACCUGUUUCACCAAAUCACACUGGAGGGUGAUACCUGGCCGUGUUCCCACCUGAGCCUGAGCGUUGCCGGCUUCGAGGAGGGGGUCUCUGGCAAUAUGGGCAUCGACUCGUUUCUCGUCAAAGGUGACGAGGCACGAGCGCUGAAGUCAUCGGAAUCGGCCCGCACAUCCUCGUCCAAGGAAGCACUCGACACGAGCACACGACAGCAACCUGCAGCAAAGCGACGACGUAUCGAUGGUGCCGGCGGUGGUAUUCAGCGUUUCUUGACAACGAAACGGGAGCCGUCCCAGGACACCCGGACGACGGCCCCCGAGGACGACCUCGUGAGGAGGAAUAGCGGUGAAGCAAAGUUGGGCACCUCAAGGACAUAUGUCGCAUCAGGCAUGGGAUGGCCAGGAGAGUCUUUACCAGAGGAGGCCCAAGCCGAUUCUAGACGGUCGCCAAUCACACCCCACGCUUGUUCUCGAUGCGACGCCAACCUGGGGGGUCCGGAAGAGCUCCAGAGUCACCUGGAUUGGCACUUUGCCAAAGACCUCCAGGAGGAGGAAGAAGAACGUGUCAGUCAGGCAUUCGCCAACCGACAAGCUUCGACUGCAGUGAACAACGCGCGCGCCGGCAGUCAGAAAGGGGCGGCGGCAGCAUCAUCCGCAUCAGCGUCAGGGUCAAAGAAGUCCACGGGGAGGUCGAAGAAGAAGCCGGAGCGCGGUCAAAGCAAGCUAAAUUUUGGAUGA